UUUCAGCUUUGAAAAGAUUGCACUAUUGCUGACUCUUAAUUGAGAUUUGUUGAAUUUGCUGUCAGUUCACAGCUGUUAUUAAUAAAUUUUUUCACCCGGCUCUUUUAUUAUCAUUAAAUAAUAUUUAAAUUUGUAUGCAAACUUAAAAAUGGAUGAAAUCGAAUAUAAAUUAAAUACAAAGAACAGUGUUUUGAUCGUCAACGCAAUUGAUAAGUUAAUAAAUACGAUUAAAUCAAAGUAUAAAGUUGGGGAAAGACAAAAAUUUGUUUUGGAAAAUGAAGAAUUGAAAUUCCUACGAGACAAAUGCUCCUCCAAGGAGGCUAUGGUGAGCCUGACAGCUUGCCAGGGUCUGUUAGCGCUCGUAGAGCUUGGUGUUUUAGAAAUAGGACACACUAUGUCAACUGUUAUAACCUUACUACCUAGUGCACAUAAUGUUUCAGCAAUAAUUUCCACAAUGGCUGGCCUCCUCAUCCUCGACCUGAAGUCUCGACUGGUGCCCGGCCAGCCGUACAAGUGCCAGUUUUCCCUCAAAUCCCCGAAGCACCCGUUUAUAACUGUAUUAGAAAAAAAUAAGAACGCAGAAGAUGAUGUACUUGUUCAAAUGCAGGCAUUAUGCACUCACCCUGAUUAUAUAGUGUCAUCAAACAGUCUAGAACUGCUCCGUUCAGUUUUUUUAUGGUUAACAUGCAACCCCCAGCACGGUAGUGGCGUUAGGCCAUGGCAACUGCUGCUGAGUCUGCCGCAGUCCACUGCACAGUCAACAUUACUUCUGGCCUGUCUCAGUUGUCAGCAGGUAUGCAACCCUGAUCUGAUCGAGCGAGCUUUCGCAGCGUAUUCAGUGGUGACGGACGCGGCGGUGUACCGGCAAAACGGGGAGUCCGUCAUGGCACUGUUGCCCAUGCUGGCGAGGAUAUCCAACGAGCUUAUUAAACACGGUCGAGAUCCGCGCUCGUGCUACACACUCAUAGAGCGUUGCUUCGCUCUGGAGGCGCCCGAGUUGAGGACCGUGGCCGGGCUGGUCGUCUCCUUGCUGGCGGAGAACCUCAACAUCAGCUCCGCGCUUCAUCUACAUGAACUCUUCAAUUUAUGUUUAAACAUUAUAAACAAGUAUGAACACUCAACGGUGUCGCUGAAUGUGUUCGUAGCUCUGUCCUUGCAGUGGCUCAACCUGCCCUCGUGUCUCACAUCGGACGCACUGAAGGCCGCGUCCAAGAUACUCGACAUAUACCAGGCGAAUGUAAAAGAGGACACCAGACUCCACAUGCCUAAUUUGAAAGCGAACAAAAUAUUUCAAUCGUUGCUUUACACCGACAGCCAUUUGUCGGUUACAUUCAAACUGAACGAGAUAUGGGAACGGGUUAGAGAUAACCCGGACAAAUUGAGUGGAUGGUUCGAUUCUAUAGAAAGUGUGGAUGAAUUGUUGAAAUAUGAGUUACUACCGUUUUUGCUCGGUCUCUGUAUGGAGAGGAGGAAGGAGGAUUGGUUCGAGGAGGUGGUUCUGAGGGCCCUAAGAGUGGUGAUCGAGUUGGUGGGUGCCAGGAAGGAGGUGUCAGUGAUGGUGUUGCCACUUUUGACGUAUAAGAUAGCUAAUGAUCGGUCGCCGAGGGUGAAGCUGGAAUGUUUGAGGGCAUUGCCGAAGUUAGCCAAGUAUAAAGAAAAUGUUCCGAGAAUAGUGGCUGUCCUGAACAAACUAAAGACGGGCAAGGGGGCGCCGACCUCCUUCCUCGUCAUGCUGUAUAGCAGUUUAGCGGAAACACAGGUACGUUGUUUCCCGUAUUUACAAGAGAUGCUGGUGGACCCAGGGACCGGGCGGCCGGACGAGCUCAAGUGGGAGGUGGAAGUGGCCAGGGCGACAGCCGUCGAGAGGAUAUGCGAGAUCAGGUACAUUGGAACAUUAAGCAGUUCGACAUGGCCGUCGAGCCACGGACUGGAGCUGGUGUCGACCAUAUCGUCGAUCCUGAACCGCUGCUCUGGCGGCGGCGGCGGUGGCGGCGGCGGAGGCCUGGUGGCAGCAGGACGGGCGCUGGCGGCGCUGGCGGCGCUGUGGCGCGGCGCGGCCGUGGCGCCCGCCGGCUCGUGGCGCGCGCUGCAGCCGCGCCUGCACGCCCACCGCCGCCCCGCCCUGCACGCCAGCUUAUGCAAGCUGCUGUCAGAAGUGCCAGCGCUACGCGUUCAGACGCCCGAAUACGACAAGCUAGUGAGCGACACUGCACGCAAGCUCUGGUCCUACAUCGCCGAGUCCAACCACCCAGAGGUGGUGGAGGCGGCGUGCGACGCACUGGCCGGUUACAAGAUUGACGAUUAUAAACUCAAAGAUAUACCGGAAGUGUACAGAAGAACGGUGAAACUGCCCGCGUCGUACUGCAAGACCCCAGCGGACGCGGCCAGGAAGCCAGAGGAUGUCUUAGACUAUGUGCCCAGCGAGGUGUGGCCAGAAGUUUUUAGAUACACCAACCAGGCGGCGCUGGCGGGCGUCGGUCGGCUGGCACGUCGCUUGAUAGAGCGGGAACUACGCGGUCUGCGCGGCGGCGCCUACCAGCUGGACGGCCGACCUGAACCGCCGAUACCAUCGCCCGCUGUCCUCCACCACAACUCCGUGCUGCGGGGCUUGCUGCAGUGCUUCCGGACACAAGUAACGUCUCCCUCUUACGAAUUCCCGGACACGGUGCUGCUCGCGAUCCUGCAGACCCUUGCGGAGGAGUACCCGAAGCCGUUCCCUCCGAUGGACCUGUGCUUCCUGCACGAGGCCGUGCACCGCGGCGGCGGCUGGCGGCACGGCUGCACGCUGCUGGCGGCUGCACAAGCGCACACCACGCCCUCUGCCAGGAGGUUCUUGGAGAACUACCUGCAUGGAAUCGUGCCAGGCACGAGUGAUGACUCCGACAUAAUGACAAUGUUCGAAAUCCUCCCAAUAUUAUGUCGGGGCAUGCCGCCGAAUACCAUCCGAGCGCCAGUCGAACGGUGCCUCAGUUAUUCCUUCUCCGCCAUCGCCAAAGUGAGGAGCAAGGGCGCUGAUGAAGAAGGGGGCAUGUUCGUGAAACAACUGGCGAUGAUCCAGCAGUGUUUGGAGUGCGAGAGGAUACAUGAUGCGAACAGGACGCUGCUGUCUCAGAUAGUGGAGAAUUAUUUUUCAAUUAUAACAGACGAUAAUGUGGCGUGGGCGGCGUACGUGCGGACAUGCGGCUCGCUGUCCUCCAAGUACCUGGAGCGCAUGACGUCGCCCAGUUCCUGGUGGGAGACGUCUGCGGAGCUGCUGCGGAAAGCGGCCGCGAUACGCUGCGCCGCCGCUCUCUCCUCCUGCAGCCUCGUGUGGCUCAACGAGCUCAUCGAUGCGCAGGCGCAGGAUGUCACUGGACAAGAAUUCUCUCUGCAAUGCAUGAUUGCACCCCUGAAGGCGGCGAAGCCCGACGAUCCCUCCACCAGGGAGUGGUUCAUGCAGCUCAUGGCUAGAACGCAGGUCGCUUUCAAUGAAACGGAGGAUCGUUCCGCGAAGCUGUACCUAUGCGACGUGUUCAUACUGAGCGUGGUGAUGUUGUGCGGCCACUGGGCGCUCUGUCCUGACGCCGUGCAGCAGCUGACCGCCAGCGCUCGCAGGGCCCUGCUGCCGGCUGCGUGCGUUGCGUUGUUAGCGCGGGAGGCGUGGACCGACUGCACGUUACAUAUGCUAGAGUGGCUAUACCACACCCGGGAUUCAGUGGGUGAUCCCGAGACCGCCAUGUGGUGUCAGCGCGCGUUAUUAGCACUCCGCCAUACGUACCAUUUCGCCCACAAUAAGAUUUGGACUAAAUUAGAGAGCCACUUUGGUAAUCAAUCGGUUACAUAUGAUAUUAAGGUGUAACGAUACAGUGUCAUCCCUGUUACUUCAUGAUAUAAAUCAUGGGUGAUAUUAUAUACUAAUUCAACUUUUUAGUUCGCUAGCAGAAUAUUUUUUAAUUAAUCAAUCAUAAACGUUGAGAUUUGGACAUUAUUUUUUCAAAAUUUACAGAAAAUUGUGACGUAACCAUACUUAGAUAAGCAUGCUCAUAAGGCUUUUUUAAUCGGCCAUAUUUUUAAUACGAUAAUAUAAUUAGUAAUUUAUUUUUUUACAAAUUCAAAUAUAUUGUGGAUCAUAGUCAUGAUCACGGCCAUGACAUGUAGACUCAAGUCAUGGCCGUAUCUAUGGGGGGAGGGGUUAAGGGGCAGUGCCCUACCUUAAAAUGAAAUACCCCAAGCAAAUUAGACAGAUUCUUUUUUUUGGAAGUUUAUGACUUCUGUCCUAUCAAAACAUUCUUUUGCCUUACCUUAAAUUUUUUUUAUGCAACUUAGAAUGAUAAACAAGCUGACGGCCCACCUGAUGGAAAGUGGUAACCGUUGCGUUGGUAAAUAAAAAAAGAUAUAUAUGUAAAGCUGUAAUCUCUGUCUGUCUAGUCUGUAAACAUUGUUACUGUAUUUUGUAAUAU